AUGCCAAAACAUCAAUCGGAGACUUACACGUUCUUCUGCGUCCUCGAUAAUGAUGAGAGAAAGAACCCUUUCAUCGUUAAAGUGGAAACAUCCGCCAUGGUAGCCCAGUUGACGUCGGGGAUCGUAGAGGAAUGUAAAUUGAGUGUACCUGCAUACCAACUCCAGUUAUAUCAGGUGGAUAUUCAAGAGAUUUCCCCGAAGAAAAGAAAGGUUUUAGUAGAGGAGAGAAUACUUGGACUGAAGGAUGAAGAAGCUCUUGACCCGCCGGCCCUGUUGUCAGAUAUAUAUCCCUCUGGUAUCACCAAAAGCUCGGUUCAUUUCAUCGUUCGUGUUCCUCCAAGUGAGUCGAUUGCGGAUGUUAUACGUUUUGUAUUAGGACUGACGACCACGCCCUCACAU